AUGAUAAUAAACUUGAUUGAUUACCAAAAAUUGGAAAAAGUGGAUGUGGGUGAACUUAUUGGCUGUUGGUAUAGUCCAAUGGUUGAAAAUAUGUAUCUUCGGUUCACAAAAUUCAUGGAAAAGUUGACUUCAAUAGCUUACGAUCCAUUGGACUUAUUGAACGAUGCGAAUAACGUCUCUUUUCUUGAGGAUUACAAUUACUAUUUAAAUAUGUCGAACGAUAUUGACAACCGUUUAGCAACUGUCGCAAAAGCUUGUUUCCAAAACAUCGACAACCUAAUGUCUUUUCACAAGUUUAUAUUGAUAUUUGGUUCAUCCGUGUUGAAUCGACCUAUCAUAGCGGGUAUUGUGGAAAAGCAUUUCGGAAAAGUUUUGGAUUUACUUGACUUAGAAUUAACCCAGGAAUUAAAAAUUAUUGACCGUCUAUCAGGAAUGACGAUGGAUACCGAAAUCCAGAAAAGUGACUAUUAUGAAAUGCGUUACAUACCAGAAGAAAUGGACCAAGAGUACCCACUUGUGGCUAGAGCAAUCAUGUGGGGUAACUCACGAAUAAAUAAUCGAUUGUGGGAAGAUUUAAACGUUAUUCAGACUUUUAACUUACCAAUCAUGGAAACCCCGAGAGGAAAUAAAAUCAUUAUAAAGGCCGAAAAAUUAAAGGAAAAAUUUAAAAAUUAUUUAAGUCCUUUGUUUGAUGAAUGGAAGCGUGUUGUACCGAUACAGAUACAGGAAAAAAUAGUUCAACCACUUUUCAAAAUUAAUGAAAAUAACACAAUCAGUCUGAACUUUUCUAAAGAACUGGAUGCCGCAAUUAAAGUAACUAGAUACAUAAUACUCAGUAAUUACAAUUUCAAAAAUCCAAUGUUUGCGAUUGAAAUAUAUGAUUUACCACUCGAUGCAAUUAAACUCUAUAAACGAGAAAAUCUGAUUUUAACAUAUAAAAGAGAUAUUGAAGAAAUAGUUAAAUGGUAUAAUAUACUAAGAACAGAAACCCACCCUACAGAAUUACAGUUAAUUAUUGAAGAAAUCGAAAAUAUAGAUAAUCUUAUUGAUUUCGCUCAAAAGUUUGUUACAUGGAAUUCAAAAGAUAUUGCUUACCCGAGCGAAAAUGAUUUGAAUGAAGAAUCGGAAAAUGAUGAGCCUAUGUCACCCAUAUCGUUACAAAAUACAAUUAGCACUAUUCAUAGUUUAACUAAAAAUCUUUAUGAGCGAGUAAUGCAAACCCACGACAAUUUUCAAAAAAUUAUUACCCUAAGUAGUCAAUGGAUUAAUAAGCCAAUGUACGUGCGUGAUAAGAGUACAAAACGAAUAACGUUCGACCAUAAAUUGACAGGAAAAAAAAUCGCUAGAUACGCUGAGAUACGAGACGCUAGUAUUAAGAUACAACGAUUGCUUAAAGAAGACCUUUUAUUAUUUCACAAUGUACCAUUAUUUGAUCCAAAUUUGAGUAAGUUGACUUCAUUACAUUUACCUUUAAAAUACACAUUUGAAGAUAAUUUAGAAGGAGAAGGAAUAGAAGAAGAAAAAGGAGAAGAAGGAGAAGAAGAAGGAGAAAAGGUAAGAGAAGGAGAAGGAGAAGAAGAAGGAGAAGAAGGAGAAGGAGGAGAAGGAGAAGAAAAUUAUGGAGAAGAAAACAUUGACUACAUCAAUCAAGAAGAAAUUGUUUUAGAAGAACUACUUGUAGAAGAAGAAAAUAACAGGGAAGAAAAAUUAGACUUUAUAGACAUUCAGGCUGAAAUUAUUUUAUCUAGCAUCCAAAGAAAGCUAAUGUGGGAUAAAUAUAAGCAAUAUGUUGAUGAAGUAGUAUUUACGGGAUUACAAGAUGCAACUCUUUGCAGUCUCAAGUAUAUCAACGAUGAAAUAAUAAUUGUCAAUGGACCUUCGGCAUUAUUUUUGAUUGUAUACCUCUUCGAUAAAAAUAAUUUGCCCCGUUUUUUGCCAAAUUUGGAAAUUGAUGAUGAACCAAAUUUUAUAAGAUUAGUUACUUCUUUACUUGAAGAUAUGGUUGAAAUGGGAUUGUACAUGGAAAGAAUUGCCGACAGCUAUCCAUCAUAUAAUGUAGAUAUAAGGAAUGUUGAAAAGGUGAUAGAAUAUAUAGAUAACACACUUGAUCAUGUAAAGAUCACAACCGAUAAAGCUCUUGAAUAUAUUGUGCAGUACCAAGAUUAUUCUAUGGUUUGGCUAACCAAUCAAAAUGAUGCACUGUCAACUUUUUUAUUAUAUGGUAGGGAUCUAACAUCGGAUGAAAUAGAAAUUCAAAAUGACGUUGACGAAGAAGGAAAUCCAUUAAUUGAACAAUCUCCCCCAAAGCUGAUUGAUUUUCAAAACAAAAUUAACUUGUUCGAUAAUAUGUGUCAAGAAGUCGAAAAAAUAGAUGAAAUCAUGACAUUCGAUGUUUGGUUAACUAUAGAUAUUAAACCUUUUAAAAGAGAUCUCUUAAAGUUAAUUACCAGUUGGUCAGAUUUAUUCAAAACAUAUUUGGUCAAUAAAGUGAUGAACAGUUUGCGUUCGUUACGAGAUUUCGUUGUAGAAACAGAUAUUGGUCUUUUAAAACCAUUAGAAGAAGGUGACUAUCAGGGUCUUGUAAAAAUUAUGGGACAUUUAUUUAAUGUUCGAGAGAGGCAAGAUGAAUACGAUUCAAUGUUCGAGCCACUAGGAGAAAUAUUACAUCUACUGAAAGUAUAUGAUGUAGAAAUGCCAGAAGAUGUGUACAUCUUGAAGCAGGAAUUACCGGAAAAAUGGAGUACAACUAAGAAAAAUGCUUUAAACAUCAAAUCUCAAGUAAUUCCUUUAAUUCAAAUAGAAGGAUCAAUAAUAAUCGGAAGAAUAAUUUUGUUAAACGUACGUGAGACAGCAAAAUGUGAAAACCCUUAUAUAGAGAUUGAUAAUGCUAAUAAUUCCUUAUUGGAAUUAGAAGAGUUGCACAAAAAAUUACUUUCUCAAGCUAUACUAUUUGAAAUUCCACAACCAGAGCCAAAUAUAUUAGUAUCAACUAAAAGAACUCUACGUCUUAAUAAACAGCUAUGGGAUUUUGUGUAUUUAGUAAAAGGUUGGAUAGAUAUGUGGAAAUCUACUUUGUGGAAUAACGUAGACACCGAGAAUAUAGACAUGGAACUUAAACGAUUUGCAAAAGAAUUGAAAGUAAUGGAUAAAAUUAUUCGCGAUUGGUCGGUAUUUGUAUACAUUGAAAACUUGAUAAAAACCAUGAUGACGUCUUUGAGAGCAUUAAGUGAAUUACAAAAUCCAGCAAUGAAAGAACGACACUGGGCGGAACUUAUGAAAGUUACAAAUGUAAAAUUAUUUAAAUUUGAUGUUAAGUUUUCCAUUGAGAAAUCGACAACACUAAAUGAUUUAGUAUCACUAAAUUUACAUGUAUAUGAAGAUGAUAUAAAAAAUAUUGUCGAUAAGUCUGUAAAAGAAAUGAGUAUGGAAAAGUCUUUGAAAGAAUUUAAUGAAACUUGGAAUGCAAUGUCAUUCGAGUAUCAGCCCCAUCCUAGGACAAAAGUUAAUUUGCUUAAAGUCAGGGAAGAGAUAAUAGAAGUCUUAGAAGAUAAUCAAGUCCAAUUACAAAAUAUGCUAAGCUCAAAAUUUGUUGGAUAUUUUUAUAAUGAAGUGUCCAAUUGGCAAUUUAAGUUAAACACAGCUGAUCGAGUUAUAAAUUUGUGGUUGGAAGUACAAAGAAUAUGGGCUUAUCUGGAAGCAAUUUUUAUCGGUUCUGGUGAUAUACGGGUACAAUUGCCAGAAGAUACGAGAAGAUUUGAAUUACUCGAUAAGGAAUUUAAGUCAUUACUAGUGGAUAUAAAAGCCAAUCCAAAUGUUGUAAAGGGCACUAGUAAACCUGGAUUGUACAAUAAACUUGUCAAUAUACAAAAUGAACUGUUUAAAUGCGAAAAAGUUUUAGCUCAAUACUUGGAAACAAAACGCUUAGCUUAUCCAAGGUUUUAUUUUAUAUCAUCCGCUGAUUUAUUAGAUAUACUAUCAAAUGGCAAUAGUCCGGAGUCCGUUUGCAAACAUUUGAUCAAGCUAUAUGACUCGAUGGCAAAAAUUAAGUUUAUUAGAGAUAAAUUAGGGGCUGGAAUGUACGCUAAAGAUGGCGAAUAUGUCGAAUUUAAUGGAACUUGUGAAUGUUCCGGACAAGUUGAAAAAUGGCUAAAUAAAUUGACGGACACAAUGCGUUCAUCAGGCCGUCAGUACUUCAAUAAAGCAGUGAAAUCCUACGAUGAUAAACCAAGAAGAUUGUGGAUAUUUGAUUAUCCGGCUCAAACAGCUUUAUGCGGUGUUCAAAUAUGGUGGACUGCUGAAACCAACGAAGCCUUUGCUCAGCUUGAAAUAGGUCAUGAAAACGCAUUGAAAGAAUACAACAAAAAACAAAUAGUACAGUUGAACGAACUUAUCGAUUUGUUAUUGGAAGACUUGACCAAAGGAGAUCGACAAAAAGUGAAUACAAUUUGUACUAUUGACGUACAUUGCCGGGACGUAGUGGCGAAAAUGAUUCAACAGAAAAUUGAAACCGGUUCUGCUUUUCAGUGGCAAUGCCAACUAAGACACAGAUGGGAUUUUGAUGAAUCAGAUUGUUUUGCUAAUAUUUGUGAUGCGCAAUUUCGGUAUUGGUAUGAAUACUUAGGAAAUACUCCUAGACUGGUUGUAACUCCUUUGACCGAUAGAUGUUACAUAACGUUAACACAGUCAUUACAUCUAAUAAUGGGUGGCGCUCCUGCUGGACCAGCAGGUACUGGAAAGACUGAGACUACCAAAGAUUUAGGAAAAGCCAUAGGAAUGAUGGUCUACGUUUUCAAUUGCUCAGAACAAAUGGACUAUAGAUCAUGUGGUAAUAUUUACAAAGGCCUUGCUCAAACCGGUGCUUGGGGAUGUUUUGAUGAAUUCAAUAGAAUAUCCGUUGAAGUGUUGUCCGUGGUAGCAACUCAAGUUAAAUCUGUAUUAGAUUCCAUUAAAGCAAAAAAGAACACAUGUUUUUUGUUGGGUGACAAUGUUAAUCUCAUUCCAACCAUCGGUAUGUUUAUUACAAUGAACCCUGGAUACGCGGGACGAGCUGAACUUCCUGAGAACCUUAAAGCAUUAUUUAGGCCUUGUGCUAUGGUCGUCCCAGAUUUUGAAUUAAUUUGUGAAAUUAACUUAAUUGCUGAAGGAUUUCAAAAUGCAAGAUUACUUGCUAGAAAAUUCUUAACGCUAUAUUCGCUUUGCAAAGAACUUUUAUCUAAACAAGAUCAUUACGAUUGGGGUCUAAGAGCAAUUAAAUCACUAUUGGUUGUUGCUGGAUCAUUAAAGCGAGCAGACAGAAAUCGUCCGGAAGAUGAAGUUCUAAUGCGAGCUCUUCGAGAUUUUAACACUCCAAAAAUUGUAACAGAAGAUACUACUAUAUUUAUGGGACUUAUCGGUGACUUGUUUCCUGCGUUAGAUGUGCCCCGAAAGCGUGAUUUAGAAUUCGAAAAACAAGUUCGUCAAGCAGCGAUUGAUUUGAAACUCCAACCAGAAGAUAACUUUAUUCUUAAGGUAGUACAAUUAGUAGAGUUAUUAGAAGUCAGACAUUCAGUUUUCAUAAUUGGAUUGGCUGGUACGGGCAAGUCCGAAGUGUGGAAAACACUAUAUAAGACUUAUACAAACCUAAAGUUACAACCGUAUUUCAAUGACAUUGAACCAAAAGCAGUAACUAAUGAUGAGCUAUUUGGUGUCAUUAGUCCGACUACCAGAGAAUGGGUAGACGGAUUAUUUUCGUGCUUAAUAAGAGAUCAAUCACAAAUGUCUGGUGAUGGAUCUAAAUGGAUGGUAAUGGAUGGUGACAUAGAUCCGAUGUGGAUUGAGUCGUUAAACACAGUGAUGGACGACAAUAAAGUAUUGACAUUAGCGAGUAAUGAACGUAUUGCUCUGACGCCAACAAUGCGUCUACUAUUUGAAAUAUCCAAUUUGCGGUCAGCUACGCCAGCCACUGUUUCUCGAGCUGGUAUACUUUACUUAAACCCUACAGAUCUCGGCUGGAACCCAUAUGUUGCUAGUUGGAUUGACACUAGGGAAAACGCUACCGAAAAAGCCGCUCUUCUGGUACUGUUUGAGAAAUAUGUGCCAAUCUGCUUAGAGGCGCUGAAAACCAAAUUCAAAAUCAUAACACCCAUACCGGAAAUAACGCACAUACAAAUGUUGUGCACGUUACUCAAUUGUCUUCUGACUCCAAUAAAUUGUCCUCCGGAAACCACAAGAGAUGUUUACGAAAUAUACUUUGUAUUCGCUUGUAUUUGGGCUUUUGGAUCGGCGACAUUCCAAGAUCAGUUGAUUGAUUGGCGAGUUGAAUUUUCCAAAUGGUGGUUAACAGAGUUCAAAACAAUUAAAAUCCCAUCAUCAGGAAAUGUCUUCAAUUAUUUCAUCGAUUCUGAAUCGAAACAGUUUCUUCCUUGGUCAGAUCUUGUAUCACCAUUUGAACUUAAUCCAGAUGUACCUCUACAACAAACACUCGUUAACACAACAGAAACAACUAGAAUAAGAUAUUUCCUCGACUUAUUAGUUGAUAAAAAGAAGGCAAUUAUGUUGGUUGGAGCCGCUGGUACUGGAAAAUCAGUUAUAAUAAAUGAUAAACUCAAAUCACUUUCUAAUGAUUUAUAUGCGGUUGCAAAUGUACCACUUAACUUCUACACAACAUCUGAAAUGUUACAAAAAAUUUUGGAAAAACCACUUGAGAAAAAAUCCGGGAGAAACUUUGGUCCACCGGGUGGAAAAUUACUAAUUUAUUUUAUUGAUGAUAUAAAUAUGCCAGAAGUAGACCCUUAUGGAACUGUGCAGCCUCAUACUCUCAUCAGACAAUUUAUGGAUUAUAAUCAUUGGUAUGACAGAACUAAGUUAUGUCUAAAAGAUAUACAAAACGUCAUGUUUGCUUCGAGUAUGAAUCCUACUGCUGGAAGUUUUACUAUUGACUCUCGACUGCAGAGGCAUUUUUAUGUAUUUGCUCUAGGAUUUCCAUCAAAUGAUGCAUUGUACACAAUUUACUCUUCAAUUUUAACUCAGCAUUUAAAAAACCCAAUAAAUAAAUUCAACAACACUGUAAUGAAAUUAGCAGAUAUAAUUGUGCAAUUGGCGAUAAGUUUUCAUAACAAAAUUCUUACAGUAUUUUUGCCUACAGCUAUUAAGUUUCAUUAUAUAUUCAAUCUUAGAGAUAUGAGCAAUGUUUUUCAAGGAAUAAUGUUUACAACUGGUGAAUGUGUCUCAACAACAAGUUCUUUUAUUCGCCUCUGGCUUCACGAGACUAGUCGAAUUUACAGCGAUAAAUUAAUUGAAAAUAAAGAUCAAGAAACCUUUUCAAAAACAAUCAAUGAACAAAUAAAGAAAACUUUUAAUGAUGUUCCAGAAAAUGAAUACUUGAUAAGCCCAUUAAUAUUUUCACACUUUGCGGAUGGUAUUGGUGAUCAAAAGUAUAUGCCAGUGCAAUCGUGGUCCACACUCCAAAAAUUAUUAAAUGAUGCAUUGAAUUCAUACAACGAAUUUGUGGGGGCAGUUAACUUGGUGCUAUUCGAAGAUGCAAUGUCACAUGUUUGUCGUAUAAACCGUAUACUUGAACUUCCCAGAGGCAAUGCAUUGCUCGUUGGAGUGGGUGGCAGUGGUAAACAGUCGUUGGCCCGACUGUCAGCUUUUAUAUCUUCGUUAGAACCGUUCCAAUUACAGUUGAGAUCUUCAUACGGUAUUUCUGAUUUAAAAGCUGAUCUAGCCACUUUAUACAUAAAAGCUGGGUUAAAAAAUAUUGGCAUCAUGUUCUUGAUGACUGAUUCUCAAGUAGCCGAUGAGAAGUUCCUUGUACUCAUUAAUGACAUGCUUGCUAGUGGUGAGAUUCCAGAGUUAUUUGCCGAUGACGAAGUCGAUAAUAUAAUUCAAACUAUUUCUCCAGAGGUUAAAGCAGCUGGUUUACCAGAAACUAAAGAAAACUGUUGGCAUUUUUUCAUUAACAAAGUGAGAUCAUUAAUCAAGAUUGUAUUGUGUUUUUCACCGGUCGGCAACACAUUAAGAAUUCGAUCUAGACGGUUUCCAGCUUUAGUUACUUGCACUUCUAUCAACUGGUUUUACGAAUGGCCUCAAGAAGCUUUGGAAUCCGUAUCGUUCAGAUUUUUAAGCGAUUUAAUCGAACUUCCAGCCAAACUAAGAAAACCAGUAUCUCUAUUUAUGGCCAACGUACAUAGUUCAGUAAAUGAUAUGUCGCUAAGAUAUUUCACAAAUGAUCGUCGUCACAAUUAUACAACACCCAAAUCAUUUUUGGAACAAAUUAAUCUCUACAUGAAAUUAUUAGUGUCGAAGACCGAUGAUAUUAAAUACGGUAUCUCCCGAUUCCAAAAUGGUAUUAAACAACUUUUAUCAUGUGCAGCUCAAGUCGAUGUUUUAAAAGUUGAAUUAGAUAUACAAGAAAUUGAAUUAACCAAAAAAAAUACUAAAGCUGAAGAGCUUAUCAAAGUGGUCCAAAAAGAAACAGAGAAAGUGAAGUAUGAAAAAUACAAAGCUGCUGAAGAAGAAGAUAAAGUAAAAUUGAUUGAAGAAGAUGUUGGUUUGAAACAACGAAUUUGUGCAGAAGAUUUAGAGAAAGCAGAACCGGCGUUGGUAGCAGCACAAAGUGCUUUAGAUACCUUAAAUAAAAAUAACUUAACAGAACUAAAAUCAUUUGGAUCUCCUCCGUUAGCAGUAAUAAAUGUAUUAUCAGCAGUUAUGGUAUUACAAGCUAAAAAAGGAAAAAUUCCAAAAGAUAGGAGUUGGAAAGCUUGCAAGGUUAUGAUGGCAAAAGUUGAUGGAUUUUUGGAUUCACUUAUACACUAUGAUAAGGAACAUAUACAUCAAGAUAUAGUUAAAGCAAUUCAACCUUAUUUGAAAGAUCCUGAAUUUAACCCAGAUCUAAUCGCUGCAAAGUCUUCGGCUGCUGCUGGUCUAUGUAAAUGGGUAAUAAAUAUAAUGAAGUUUAAUAAUGUUUGGCAAGUUGUGGAGCCAAAACGAAAAGCUCGAGAUCAAGCAAAUGAAGAACUAAGUGCUGCAAGGAACAAGCUUAUGGAGAUUAGAAAUAUGAUUAAUGAAUUGGAAAGAAAACAAAAAAUUUUAACAGAUGAGUUUAAUAGCGCCGUAGCUGAAAAAACAAAUUGUCAAAAUCAAGCUGAUGAAACAUCUAUGAGGAUCGAUUUAGCAAACCGACUUGUAAAUGGUUUAGCGUCAGAAAAUGUCCGGUGGAAAGAAAGCGUUUCGAUGUUGCAAAAAAGUUUGCAAACUUUACCAGGGGAUACACUCAUGGUUUCUGCCUUUGUAUCAUAUGUUGGUUACUUUACAAAAACGUAUCGUCAAGAACUAAUUCAAAAUGCAUGGUUACCUUUUUUUCAAAGUUUUCAGCCUGAGAUACUAAUAACAGAAAAUUUAGAUCCACUAUCUUUGCUAACUGAUGAUGCACAAAUUGCAGCUUGGAAUAAUGAAGGUUUACCAAAUGAUAGGAUGUCAUCUGAAAAUGCAACAAUUUUAAUGAACUCUGUUCGAUGGCCACUAAUGGUUGAUCCUCAGCUUCAAGGAAUUAAAUGGAUUAAAACUAAAUAUGGAAGAAACUUAAGAAUUACCAGACUGAACUACAAAAAUUAUUUGUUAGAUAUAGAACUUUGUGUUAGAAAUGGGAACGUUCUAUUGAUCGAGAAUAUAGGAGAAAACAUUGACCCUGUCUUGGACAACAUUAUUGGUCGAAAUUUAAUAAAAAAAAGGAAGGUUAUAAAAAUCGGUGAAAAAGAGAUUGAUUACAAUGCAAAUUUCCGUCUUAUAUUGCACACAAAAUUAUCAAACCCACAUUAUAAACCAGAAUUGCAAGCACAGACAACACUUAUAAACUUCACUGUUAACCGUGAUCAACUUGAAGAUCAAUUAUUGGCAGAAGUAGUGAAAGUUGAAAGACCUGAUUUAGAAAGAAUGAGAAUCGACUUAACCAAACAACAAAAUAGUUUUAAAAUUAUACUGAAAAAACUUGAAGAUGAUUUAUUACAAAGACUGUCUUCAGCUGAUGGCGACCAGAUACUUGGUGACAAGGAACUUGUUUUAAACCUUGAAAAAUCCAAAAGAACUGCAACAGAAAUUGAAUUAAAAGUGGCUGAAGCGAAAAUAACAUCAAAAGAAAUUGACACUGCCCGUGAAGAAUAUCGUGUUGCUGCAACACGAGCAUCAAUAAUUUACUUUAUAAUGAAUGAUUUAGUAAAAAUAAAUCCAAUGUAUCAGUUUUCUCUAGAGGCUUUCAAUGUUGUCUUUCAACGAUCUAUGAAUAACGCGGAAAAAGCAGACACUUUAAAUAAGCGAAUAGCUAAUUUGGUUGAUAAUAUAACUUAUCAAACCUUCAUUUAUACUAGUAGAGGAUUAUUUGAAAAGGAUAAGUUAAUAUUCAUCUGUCAAGUGACUAUUCAGAUACAACUUCAAGCGAAUAAGAUAAAACCAAUAGAGUUGGAAUAUGUAUUGAGAAGGCCAAUAGUUGCUGGAUUAUCUAGUCCAUUUGAUUUUAUUUCAUCGAAUGUAUGGGGAGCUAUUAAGUCACUUGUUUUAGCUAAUGAAGAAUUUGGAGGUCUAGAUAAAGACAUUGAAACUUCUGGUAAACGAUGGCAGUUAUACAUUGAUAGUGAAGCUCCAGAGAAAGAUAAACUACCACAAGAAUGGAAAAACAAAACUCCAUUCCAGAAACUUUGCAUAAUAAGAGCUUUAAGAACUGAUCGAAUGACUUAUGCUGCCAAAGUAUAUGUCCAAGAAAUUCUUGGCCUUCAAUAUGUCAAUUUUAGGCCUUUGGAGUUCAUUGAUUCAUUUAAAGAAACUACUUCUAGAACACCUGUAUUUUUUAUAUUAUCUGCUGGAGUGGAUCCAACACGUGACGUCGAAGCUGUUGGUAAAAAAAAAGGAUUUACAAUUGAAAAAAAGAACUUCCAUAACAUAUCUUUAGGGCAAGGACAAGAACAAGUGGCAGAAGAUGCUAUAGAGUUGAGUUCUCGGUUGGGUAACUGGGUCAUGUUACAAAAUGUACAUUUAGUACAAAAAUGGUUGCCUACUUUGGAUAAAAAAAUGGAAGCAUCUUUUGAACAUCCACAUGUCAAUUAUAGAAUAUUUAUUAGUGCUGAACCCGCCCCUGAUCCACUCUAUCAUAUUAUUCCUCAAGGUGUUUUGGAUUCUUCAAUCAAAAUAACUAACGAACCACCAACAGGAAUGAUGGCAAAUUUGCAUAAAGCUUUAGAUAAUUUUAACCAAGAUACUCUUGAGAUGUGUUCGAAAGAAUCAGAAUUCAAAGCGAUAUUGUUUAGCUUGUGUUAUUUUCAUGCAUCCAUACAGGAAAGAUCAAAGUUUGGAGCUCAAGGAUGGAAUAGAUCAUAUCCAUUUAAUGUAGGCGAUUUAACUAUUUCUGUGAACGUUUUAUAUAAUUAUCUCGAAGCCAACACUAAAGUUCCUUGGGAGGACCUUAGAUAUCUUUUUGGAGAGAUCAUGUAUGGUGGACACAUUACUGACGACUGGGAUAGAAGAUUAUGUCGGACUUAUCUUGAAGUUUACAUGAAUCCAGAUCUAAUGGAAGGAGAUCUUUCAUUUGCACCUGGUUUUGUGGCACCACCAAAUACGGACUAUAAAUUAUAUCAUGAAUACAUAGAUGAUUUAUUGCCAUCAGAAAGUCCAAUACUGUAUGGACUUCACUCGAACGCUGAAAUUGGCACACUCACUGCAAGAUCUGAUAACUUAUUCAAAACUCUAUUGGAAAUGCAACCUAGAGACUUAGGUUCAUCCGGUGGAACUGGUAUGUCAAGGGAUGAAAAAGUUAAGCAAACUUUGGAUGAUGUUCUUGAUAAAGUUCCAGAACCGUUUAAUUUAAUAGAUAUGAUGAGUAAGGUUGAAGAACAAACUCCAUACGUAAUAGUAUCAUUCCAAGAAUGUGAGCGAAUGAAUUCGUUAAUGAACGAAAUAAGACGGUCAUUAAAAGAGCUACAUUUAGGAUUAAAGGGUGAACUGACAAUAACAGCAGAUAUGGAGGCGUUAGAAGAAUGUUUAUUCAUGGAUAAAGUGCCGCCUAGAUGGGAAAAGCUUGCCUACCCGUCAUUAUUGGCUUUAGCAGCUUGGCAUACAGAUUUAUUGAAAAGAUUACGUGAACUAGAAUCUUGGGUUAGCGAAUUUCAGCUUCCAUCGUCAGUAUGGUUAGGUGGAUUUUUCAACCCACAAUCAUUCUUAACUGCUAUAAUGCAGAGCACAGCUCGAAAAAUGGGAUGGCCUUUGGAUAAGAUGUGCUUACAAUGUGAUGUGACAAAAAGAUACAAUGAAGAAAUCACGGUAGCACCCAGAGAAGGCGCUAUGAUAAAUGGAUUGAUAUUAGAAGGUGCUCGUUGGGACUUGAUCACGGGUUGCAUUGUUGAAUCAGUUCCAAAGGAAUUGUUUCCAAUAAUACCGGUGAUACAUAUAAAAGCUAUCAUCAAAGACAAACAAGAUUUGCGAAAUAUUUACGAAUGCCCGGUUUACAAAACCAAACAAAGAGGCCCUACAUAUGUGUGGACAUUUAAUUUAAAAACACGGCAAAAAUCGUCCAAAUGGAUUUUAGCUGGUGUAGCAAUACUACUUAGUGUUUAG